UCCCUCCCUCCUUCCCUCCGUCCGUCCCUCCCUCCCUCCCGCAGCAGCGGGCAUGGUGUGCUGCAGAGCCGCGGGUCAGGCGCCCGCAGCCUCCGCCGCUUCUUCUCCACCCUGACAUCCCCGGGGGAAUAAAAAAAACAGAGGAAAAAAAGGUUUUUCCACCGCUCCCGGGCACAGCGGCGUUGGAGCAGCUCCCGGGAUCCAGCAGGGAUCAGGCCAGGGCGCGAUGGAGCUGCGGCGCGGGAGGAGGAUGCCGAGGGACCCGCUCCCCGCUCGCCUCCUCCUCCUCCUCCUCCUCGCCGGGGCCUGGCUCUGGCUGCCGGCGGAGGGGCGGCGGCCCCCGCGGCCUCCCCCGUGCCCCCCGAGCUGCUCCUGCACCCGGGACACGGCUUUUUGCGUGGACUCCAAGGCCGUGCCCAAAAACCUGCCCCCCGAGGUCAUCUCGCUGACCAUGGUGAACGCGGCCUUCACGGAGCUCCGCGAGGCGGCUUUCGCCCACAUCCCCUCCCUGCAGUUCCUCCUCCUCAACUCCAACAAGUUCACGCUGAUCGGGGACAACGCCUUCGCCGGGCUCUCGCACCUGCAGUACCUGUUCAUCGAGAACAACGACAUCCAGGCGCUUUCCAAGGGCACCUUCCGCGGGCUCAAGUCCCUGACACACCUGUCCUUGGCCAACAACAACCUCCAGACGCUGCCACGGGACCUCUUCAAGCCGCUGGACAUCCUGAGUGACCUGGACCUCCGUGGCAACACGCUGGCCUGUGACUGCAAGAUCAAGUGGCUGGUGGAGUGGCUGGAGAGCACCAACACCACGGUCCCCGCCGUCUUCUGCAGCAGCCCCGCGCAGUUCGAGGGACAGCGGAUCCGGGACCUGGCGCUCGGUGACUUCCAGUGCAUCACCACGGAUUUCGUGAUGCACCAGGUGCUGCCCUUCCAGGCGGUGUCGGCCGAGCCCUUCACCUACGCCAGUGACCUGUACGUGGCCCUGGCACAGCCGAGUGCCAGCAGCUGCUCCAUCCUCAAGUGGGACUACGUGGAGCGCAAACUGCGCGACUUCGACCGCAUCCCCGCUCACUCGGCGGUGCACUGCAAGCCCAUCGUGGCGCAGGAGCAGCUCUACGUGGUGGUGGCGCAGCUCUUUGGCGGCUCCUACAUCUACCGCUGGGACACGGCCGUGGACAAGUUCAUCAAGAUCCAGGACAUCGACAGCCAGAAGAUCCGCAAGCCCAACGACAUCGAGGCCUUCCAGAUCGAGGGCGACUGGUACUUCGUCAUCGCCGACAGCUCCAAGGCGGGCUCCACCAGCCUCUACCGCCUCAACCAGAACGGCUUCUACUCCCACCAAGCCCUGCACGCCUGGCACCGCGACACCGACGUGGAGUACGUGGAGAACGACGGCAAGCCGCGGCUGAUCAUCUCCAGCAGCUCCCAGGCCCCCGUCAUCUACCAGUGGAGCCGGGCGCAGAAGCAGUUCGUGCCGCAGGGCGAGGUGGGCGACGUGCUGGACGUGCAGAUGGUCAAGCACUUCAGGGCCAAGCGGGAGCAGUUCCUGUGCCUCAGCCGCUACAUCGGCGACUCCAAGGUGGUGCGCUGGGAGGGGCAGCGCUUCGUGGAGGUGCAGACGCUGCCGUCGCGCGGCUCCAUGGUGAUGCAGCCCUUCGCCGUGGGCCAGCGGCAGUACCUGGCGCUGGGCAGCGACUUCUCCUUCACCCACGUGUACCUGUGGGAAGAGGAGAAGCAGAAGUUCGCCAAGUUCCAGGAGCUGUCGGUGCAGGCGCCGCGGGCGUUCCGGGCCGUGCCGGCGGCCGACGUGCAGCUGCUGCUGGCGCCCAGCUUCAAGGCCAACACGCUGGUGUACCGGCACGUGGUGGUGGACCUCAGCCUGUAGCUGGCACCCCGAGAGCCACCGGACGUGCAUGUGCCCGCCACCCCUUGCCCCACGCCCUGUGCCAGCCCUCCACCUUCACCCCGCCCCACGGUGCCUCAGUUUCCCCACGGCGCUCCCGGUUUCACCCUGUGGGAUGCGGGGAGGGAGGGUGGGACGCUCCUUGCGCUGCAGAGCUGCACCCCUGGGGGGGUGGAGAGGGUCUGGGGGGGUCUUUGUCUGCUCGGGCCAUGGGCUGGGAGCUGGUGGCCAGAAAGGAGGGGGGACAGCGGGCAGGGAUGUGGCAGGAGGGGUGGGGGGUUCCCAGGACGCUGAGGGACUUUGGGGUGCUCCAAAGUGGAUGGGAUGGCCAAGGUGCACGUGGUGGGAUGGCCUGAGGAGCUUGGGGUGCUCCGAAGUGGGUGCAGAUGGGGUGCUGAGGAUGAUGAUGGGGUGCUGAGGAUGAUGAUGGAGUGCUCCAGGAUGCCCCGAGGAUGAUGAUGAUGGGAUGCUCCAGGAUGCUCCAGGAUGCAGAUGGGAUGGUGAGGAUGAUGAUGGGAUGCUCCAAGGCCAGCAGGAUGCCCCGAGGAUGAUGAUGGGAUGCUCCAGGAUGCCCCGAGGAUGAUGAUGAUGAUGGGAUGCUCCAGGAUGCCCCGAGGCGGAUGCAGCAGCGGACAGCGGAAUGCUCCAGGCCAGCAGCUCCUGUCCCUCUCCGUGCAUGCCCAGCAGCUCCCCGUGCCAGGCGUGCCCAGCGUGCCAGCGGGGCGUCCGUGCCCACCAACCCCCCCAAUAAACACACUGUGCCCCCCA